AUGAUUCAAGAUAUUAUUGAAGAUGAUGUUAAAAUAAUACUUAUUAAAUGGUAUACUAAUACAUUUGUUAGAAAUACGAACAAAAGUAGCUAUUAUAAUAUGCUAGCUUUUAGUGAUAUUACAAUUAAUAUAGAUGAAGAAAAAGAUCAGGCAUAUAAUACAUUUAAUGAAGUAUGCUUUGCUAAAUUUAAAAAUUUUCAAUCAUGA